UUUCCGCAUUUGCCAAGAAAAAUCGUAGAAUUCCUGGAACAGGACGAUCGACCACCCUUUACGAAUUCCUUCGCUCGAAAGCUUUGAAUUUUUCUCUAAUGUCCGUCUUCAAACGCCGAAUUCACGUUCUCUUCUGUCCUUCCAGUUUCCACUGCUGAGAAGCCCCUCGGGCACUGGUCUCCCGCCAUUGCAGGUUUAAGUGAUCGAAGCCGUGGCUUCUCCCUCCCUCCUCAUGGAAACCCAGGAAGCAAGCCCUGCCAAGUCCCUUGGCACAAGUUGGUAAAUACUUGACAGGCACAGGUGCUCUGCAUGCUACAAGCAAUACAAGAAAAAGGAGCAUCUUAUUGCCCACAUGAAGGUCUCCUACCACUCUGUUCAUCAGCCCAAAUGUGACAUUUGCUAUAAGCACUGCAAAUCUCUAGAGUCAUUAAGGGAGCAUCUCAUUGGUCCUUUGCCCAAAGCAAAUUGUUCGAACAUUUUCUCUGAACGAGGAUGUGAUCUUUGUCUGAAACUUUUUGAUAGUCAGAGUGCCCUUACGGAACAUAGAGAAACAUGUUGUCUACCUGCACCUUGUCCAUUUGAAAUGAUUUCUGUAUCUUCUAUAGACUCCCAAGUCCAUAUUUCUGAUCCAGUUGAUGGAUGCAACUAUGAUGAUUGGCAACAAGGAAGACCUAAGACAAUUGCCCUGGAUUGUGAGAUGGUGGGUGGCGGAAGUGAUGGAUCUCUUGACCUUUGUGCUCGGGUAUGCCUUGUUGAUGAAGAUGAAAAUUUGACAUUCCACAGUUAUGUACAGCCCCAAAUUCCUGUUACUGAUUAUAGGUACGAAGUAACUGGGUUAACAGAAGAGCAACUUAGAGAUGCCAUGCCACUAAAGGAAGUCCGAGAAAGAAUAUUGGAAAUUUUGUACAAUGGCGAGUCCAUUGGGAAAGUCAGGUUAGAUGGAGGAAAGGCCAGGCUACUGGUAGGUCAUGACAUAGAGCAUGACCUGGACUGCUUGAGAAUGAACUACCCAGAUCACCUGCUGAGGGAUACCGCCAAAUAUGGUCCAUUAAUGAGAACAAAUUUGGUUAGCCACUCGCUCAAGUACCUCACCAGGAAAUAUCUUGGGUAUGACAUUCAGUGUGGUUUGCAUGAUCCAUAUGAAGAUUGUGUCUCUGUGAUGAGGAUUUACAAGAGAAUGCGUGCUCAAGACCAUCAAUUGGAAGGAGCUAAAGUAUCUGCUUUGCUUGAUGAUGGGCAAAACUUACUCAGAAACUUCGAAUUUUCAAAUAAGGAACUUGAGAAGAUGUCACCAGAUGAGCUUUAUGAGAUAUCAAGAUCUAAUUAUAGAUGUUGGUGUCUGGAUUCGAAACGCGCGCUAUGACAAAAAGCUAAUGCCCCGCAGCAUCGUCCAAAUGUAUUUUUUUGCCUUAUAGAUUCCCUCUCAAGGUGACUGAAUCCAUGCAGUUACGUACAUACCUAUUCAUUAUAGGCUUAAGGCUUCAAAUAGGAACCAGUUUCAAAGUGCCUUUUUCUUUUUCCUUUUAAUGAUCUUUAGUAUUAGGAGUGUGAACAAUUACAUUUUUCUUUUUUCUUUUUUGACAGUUCGUGCUUUUUAUCCCUUCUUUCUAACAGUAAACACUGUAAACUGUAAUUAAUCGUGGUCCGAGAUCUGUGACCAUUCUUGGAGAUGUCUGGUUAUGUACCGUGUACCAAGAUGAGAAGAUUGCAACGGUGGCUUUAACUGCUC